AUGAUGUUUUUAAAAGUCCAGUGUGUUCUAGUUUUCCUCACUUUGCACAUGCAAGAGGGAUUAUCAAGGGACUAUGAAGCACACCUUGGCACAAAUAUUCAUUUACAGAGAAUAAAACGUCAAAGCAAACCAGCAAAGCCAGUGCUGAAGGUGACAGACUACCAUGUGAAGUGUUCAGUGGUGUCCCGCUAUGCUGUUACUACAGUCCAGAGCUCAGUGUGGAACCAGCUCCCCAUCAUUAAGGAGGCUGCAUUUGAGGUGGACCUUCCCUCCUCCGCUUUCAUCUCUAACUUCACCAUCACCUCCAAUGGCAAGGUGUAUGUAGCCCAGGUGAAGGAAAGAGCUGCUGCCAGGAAAAUUUACGACGCUGCUAAGAAGCAAGGAAAAACAGCCGGACUUGUCGCUACAAAAGAGCGGGAAAUUGAGAAGUUUCGAGUGGCGGUGAGUGUGCCGUCAGGAGCUCGGAUGUCCUUCUUCCUCUCCUAUGAGGAGCUGCUACCCCGUCGACUUGGCCGCUACGAGCUCAGUUUGGGUUUGAGGCCUGGACAGCUUGUGCAGAACCUCACCUUAGACAUCGAUGUAACGGAGAGGACAGGCAUUAGUUUUAUUAAAGUACUUCCUCUCAAGACAAGCCGACUGCUUUCCAACACCGCUCAAGGAGAAACAGAGGCCCCUUCCUCCACUCGUGUUGAGAGGAGUGCUGGCUGUGCUCGAGUUCACUAUAGUCCGACUCCACAGCAGCAGAACAGUAUUUCUUCCAAGGGUCUUAAUGCAGACUUCAUUAUUCAGUAUGAUGUGAAUCUCCGAGACCUCAUGGGUGAUGUCCAGGUGUAUGAUGGCUACUUUGUGCAUUACUUUGCACCUAGAGGCCUUCCUGUGGUCCCUAAGGAUGUUAUAUUUGUCAUUGAUGUGAGUGGCUCAAUGAUAGGCACCAAGAUAAAGCAGACCAAACAGGCCAUGAGCACCAUCCUUGGGGACCUUAGAGAAGGAGACCACUUCAACAUCAUCACCUUCUCAGACAAGGUUCACACUUGGAAGAAAGGUCGAACAGUGCGAGCAACUCGGCAGAAUGUACGAGACGCCAGAGAGUUUGUGAAGAGGAUUAUCGCAGAAGGAUGGACCAAUAUCAAUGCAGCUCUGCUUUCAGCUGCUCAGCUUGUCAACCCUCCUUCCUCUGGAUCUUCCAGCCGCCUCUCAUCCCAUCGUGUCCCUCUGGUAAUUUUCCUUACUGAUGGGGAAGCGACUAUUGGAGUAACGUCUGGUGACACCAUCCUAAGCAACGCCAAGAAGGCUUUGGGCUUGGCCUCUCUGUUUGGCCUCGCCUUUGGAGAUGAUGCAGACUUCCUUCUUCUCAAACGCCUGGCACUGGAUAACCGGGGUGUAGCCAGGAUGGUGUACGAGGAUGCAGAUGCAGCCUUGCAGCUGAAGGGCUUCUAUGAUGAAGUAGCCAGCCCAUUGCUAUCCGACAUCCAGCUGUCUUAUUUGGAUGAUCAGGCAUUUGACAUCACUCGCUCCCUUUUCCCAAAUUAUUUUCAAGGCUCUGAGUUGGUUGUGGCUGGGAGGGUUAAAGCAGGGGUCAAAGAUUUAAAGGUGUCAGUUUCAGCUACUGAUUCAAAGCAGCGUAUGAAAGUGGAAAAUGAUGUGCUUAUUUCCCAUGCAAAGCGUAACGGGAGUACCGAUUCGCUGGACUGUUCAGGAGGUUUAGAAGGGAUCUCCAGCUUUGUGCAUCGUCUCUGGGCAUAUUUCACCAUCAAAGAGCUGCUGCUGGCCAAACUGAAUGCCACUGACCCUGCAACUCAAAGGCUACUGGCAGACAAAGCCACAAACCUCUCACUCAAAUAUAAUUUUGUGACACCAGUCACUUCUUUAGUCGUAGUUAAGCCAGAUGCAGAUGAAGCAUCUCAAAGUCCAACCACUGCAAAACCCACCUCUGCUGCCACAAUAACCACAACAGCAACAACUACAGCUACCACUACCAACAAAGUAUCAGCUGCAGGUGCUGUGAAGAAGCCAAGCUCACCAUCUAGCCCCAGGCCUAACAAAGCAAAACCAGACCGGCCUCAGCCACCUCCAAAUACCCUCCAACCUAAAAAGAACUCAUCUCCAACUACCACAGCAAAAACUGUGGUUUCACCAUCCAAAAAAUCAGCUACAACCUCCAGUCCAAACUCCACCAAAACUGGCCCAGCACCAAUCUCUGGUCGAAAGCCCACUCCUUCCCAAAAUGAUUCCAAAACUGCCUCUCCUCCUCCAGCUGGAAGGAUAUCCACUUCUCUGCUUAAUGCUUUAAAAACAGCGCCACCCCCUGCACCAGGAAAAGUCUCGACACCAAUAGCCAACGCAAUGAAAACAACAACCACCGCAAUGCCAACAUUUACCACCAGUACCUCAACACCACUUGGGUCAGUCAGAACUGAGCCUGCACCUUUUACCCAACAGCCCAGUACAGUGAGGACAGCUCUCCCUCCUGUCAAGGUGACUGAUUUGUACACAGAGGCAGACAACAAAACCACAUCUGCUCCACAUGUUCAUCAGCCUGAAAUCACCACCGUCCCACCUGAGAUGCUGUCUGCGCUCACCUCUCCCACCCCAGCCCCAGCUCCAGCUGUCGAGGGCAACAACACAAACUCAGAUGCUGAAACAGACCAGCGAAUCGCCACCCUGGUGUCUGCUACCUUUGCUCCUAUGCCUGGAGUAACAAAUGGGCCACGACUGUGGGAGGCAGCGGGACUUCUGGAUGUCUCUACUUCCAUUCAGAUUCAGAGAAAAGAUAUUGACCUUGUGAAAGACUACGACGCAACCUAUGACUAUGACUACGAUCUCAGCUACGAUGCCUGGGAUGAUACUGCAGACACUGAGACAUUUAUGCUUGGGAGUGAGGAGGACUGUCCUUUAGUUGAAUGUCUUGUGCUUUUAGAACCUCCAUCCAGACUGAGCACCGUCCGGGUCUUCUCCUCCUCAGUUGAUGGAGAUCCUCAUUUUGUGGUUCAGCUACCAAAGCUGCAUCAGAACCUGUGUUUCACAGUAGACGGCAGGGCUAAUGAUGUUCUCAGACUGUUGGAAGACCCAGAGAGAGGGAUCAUCGUUGAUGGCCACCUAACUGGGGCUCCCUCCAAGCACGGUGUUGAAGACCGCUCCCGAACCUACUUUGACCAGCUCACCGUCUCCUCAGCCACAGGCAUCUCUGGUGACAUCAUGAUCACACUGUCACUGGACACAGUAGUGGUGGAAGGUGAAGGACGGGAUAUCCUUCCCAUCAAUCAGCAGGGGUCGGUGACAAGGCAGGGUGUGAUGGUUACUGUAGACAACCAUCGGAGCUGCUGGAUCGAGCUGGCCAAAGGCGUGCGGUUCCUGGUCCUGUUUCACCACUAUAAACACCCCAGCUAUCUGCAGAUGGCUCACCUGGGGUUUUACAUCACAGAUGGACGGGGGCUUUCUGAAGCAACCCAAGGCCUAUUGGGCCAGUUUCAGCAUGUGGACAUGAGUGUAACGCUGGUCAAGGACCAUCUGGAUGGAGGAGUUUACCGAGCAAACGAAGAAAUUUUGGCCAGGGGGCUUCUGAGGUUGGGAUCAGAGCACAUGCCGGUCACCUUGCAUGACAAGACACUGAAGGACUCUGUGCGAAAACGCCACCUAGGCAAGUGUUGGGUGGUGCCCAAGGCAGAGGUACAGAGACUUCUGGGUCAUUCAUAUGAGAGCUACGUGGUGAAUCAUGCGUAA